GCUGAUCAGCGCCUGUUCCCGGGUAGUGGCGGUGCUGGACCGGCGGCAGCAUGGCGCCCAAAAAGAAAGGGAAGAAAGGCAAAGCCAAAGCCACCACGAUUGUUGACGGCGUCCCUCCGGAGGAGAUGACCAAGGAUCAGGUGGAGGAGCACAUCGCCCGAAUCCGGGAGGAGCUGGACCGGGAGCGGGAGGAGCGCAACUACUUCCAGCUGGAGCGAGACAAGAUCCACACCUUCUGGGAGAUCACACGCAGGCAGCUGGAGGAGAAGAAGGCUGAGCUGCGGAACAAAGACCGAGAGAUGGAGGAGGCUGAGGAGAGGCACCAGGUGGAGAUCAAGGUGUACAAGCAGAAAGUGAAGCACCUGCUGUACGAGCACCAGAACAACUUGGCGGAGGUGAAGGCGGAGGGCACCGUGGUGAUGAAGCUUGCGCAGAAGGAGCACCGCGCGCAGGAGGGCGUGCUGCGCAAAGACAUGCGGCUCCUGAAGGUGGAGCUCAAGGAGCAGGAGCUGGCCAGCGAGGUGGUCAUCAAGAACCUGCGGCUGAAACAUGCUGAGGAGAUCUCCAAAAUGAGAAAUGACUUUGAAAGGCAAGUUCGAGAAAUCGAGGCCAAGUAUGACAAGAAGAUGAGGAUGCUGAGGGACGAGCUGGACCUGCGGAGGAAGACGGAGAUCCAUGAGGUGGAGGAGAGGAAGAACGGCCAGAUCAGCGUUCUAAUGCAGCGCCAUGAGGAGGCCUUCACCGACAUCAAGAACUACUACAACGACAUCACGCUCAACAACCUGGCCCUAAUCAAUUCCCUCAAGGAACAGAUGGAGGACAUGCGGAAGAAGGAGGAGCAUCUGGAGCGGGAGAUGGCAGAGGUGUCGCUGCAGAACAAGCGGCUGAUGGAGCCUCUGCAGAAAGCCAGGGAGGAGAUGAACGAGAUGCAGAAGAGACUUGCCAACUUCCAGAGGGACAAGCAGAUCCUAAUUUGCACAAAGGCUCGUUUAAAGGUCACCGAGAAAGAGCUGAAGGACCUACAGUGGGAGCAUGAGGUGCUGGAACAGCGGUUUGCUAAGGUCCAGCAGGAGAGGGACGAGCUGUACCAGAAGUUCACUGCGGCCAUCCAGGAGGUGCAGCAGAAGACAGGCUUCAAGAACCUGCUGCUGGAGCGUAAGCUGCAGGCACUGAACACAGCGGUGGAGAAGAGAGAGGUGCAGUUCAACGAGGUUCUGGCAGCCUCCAACCUGGACCCGACAGCACUGACGCUUGUGUCCCGUAAACUUGAGGAUGUCCUAGAAUCAAAGAAUACGACCAUCAAGGAUCUACAGUAUGAACUGGCCCGGGUCUGCAAGGCCCACAAUGACCUGUUGCGUACAUACGAGGCGAAGUUACUGGCCUUCGGGAUCCCCCUGGACAAUGUGGGGUUCAAGCCCCUGGAGACAGCAGUGAUUGGACAGACACUGGGACAGGGCCCCGCAGGGCUUGUGGUUGCCCCCACCUAGCCACCUUUUGGGCUUCAGCCUCUGGAGCUGGCCUUGCCCACUUCCCAGAUGACAUCCCUUCUACACCAAGAACAGCACGCUUCUGUUUUGUAGACUGCAGCAGCAGCAAUGAAAGUUUUCCACAUUUC